UCGGCCCAAUGUGUAGGGCGAGCGUGCCGCAAGGUGUACCCGGACAUCGGAAAAACACUACCACCGUCGCAGCAGGGACCUAGAUUGCCGGCCAAUGGGGGCGGUGUGGAUCCAUGCUGUCAAAGAUGGGGAUGCGGUUGGUUCCCUGAAGCUGCCAAGAGCGGGAGACAUUUUUGGACAUGGUAGGCUGUUGGAGAAAUGACGGUGCACUCGACCUCGUGAACUGAAAGAUACCGACGACAUUUACCGUUGAUAUUUCCCAUUGACCUUCCCCCGUCUCCCCCUUCCCGCCGCUAUUACUGCGACUUUCCUCCUCUAUAUUCCUGUCUGCAGUACACACACACAUCAAACAAAAUGCAGGCCUUCAGACAAUCAAAGCCCGCCGGCAACCUCUUGCGCCAGCUCGCCCAGCGCAGCUACAGCUCGAACGCUAGCCCCUACGCCAGCACCAUCAACAACCUGCGCAUCAACAGCGACACCAAGGUCCUCUUCCAGGGUUUCACUGGCAAGCAGGGAACUUUCCACGCGCAGCAGGCGAUUGACUAUGGAACCAAGGUUGUUGGUGGCACAAACCCCAAGAAGGCUGGACAGGAGCAUCUUGGCCUGCCCGUCUUUGCCAAUGUCAGCGACGCUGUGAAGGAGACUGGCGCGACCGCUACCGCCAUCUUCGUGCCACCCCCACUCGCUGCCGCUGGUAUCGAGGAGGCCGUUGCCGCCGAGAUUCCCCUCGUUGUGUGCAUUACGGAAGGGAUCCCCCAGCAUGACAUGGUUCGCAUCACCUCAAUCCUCAAGUCGCAGAACAAGACCCGCCUGGUGGGCCCCAACUGCCCCGGUAUCAUUGCUCCCGGUCAGUGCAAGAUCGGCAUCAUGCCUGGUUUCAUUCACAAGCGCGGCCGCAUCGGUAUCGUCAGCAGAUCCGGUACCCUCACCUACGAGGCCGUCAACCAGACCACCCAGGCUGGUCUCGGUCAGUCCCUCGUCGUCGGUAUCGGUGGUGACCCCUUCAGCGGCACCAACUUCAUCGACUGCCUCAAGGUCUUCCUCGAGGACGGCGAGACUGAUGGUAUCAUCAUGAUCGGUGAGAUUGGUGGUUCCGCCGAGGAGGAGGCUGCCGACUUCCUCAAGCAGUACAACACCGUCAACGGCGGCAAGCCCGUUGUCUCUUUCAUUGCCGGUAUCUCUGCUCCCCCCGGCCGCCGCAUGGGUCACGCCGGUGCCAUCGUCGCCGGUGGUAAGGGUGAUGCCAACUCCAAGAUCAAGGCCCUCGAGGCUGCCGGUGUUGUUGUCGAGCGCUCGCCCGCCAGCUUGGGCAAGGCCCUCCGUGACGAGUUCGUCAGACGUGACCUCCUUUAAAAGAACGAAGUCAUAGGUGAAAUGCCAUGCUAGUUUCUUGCUAGCCACUCACUGUACAUGUUUUUUCUACUUUUGUUUAACAGCAAGCGGGUGCGGUUCAGUACAUCAGGGCGGGGGGUUUACUAGAGAGGAUUAACUUUUGGGCGCCGGGACACUUCGGACGAAGAGAUACUGCGUGUGUGAUACAGCCGCUGUUGCCCCUUGAUGCAUUUUAUCAUAUCCUUGAAUCUUUAUAGACUGGCGGUGGCGGGGGGUUAACGGCGGGCUUGGGGGUCAUACCUAAUCUGUCGUGUCAUAUGUUGUGACCGAAUCAUGAAAG